AUGAAUACAGAACAAAUUACUGGAUGGUUAGAAGAGAAUAUAAAUGAAGAUGUAGAUUUGUUAAAGUUUGAUGACGGGAAUGAAUCAGAUAAAAGUAACAAUGAAUUCGUUGAGAACACUAAUCAUAACUCAAAUUCUGAGGAAUCUGAUGAGGAAUGUACAGCUGCCGGGUGUAAAAAAAAUGCUCAAAAUGAUAAAACUAUAGAAGAUGCGUGGACAUUAUUUUUUCCUGAUAAUAUACUAGAACAAAUUGUCAAAUACACUAAUAAACGAUUAGAUAAGUUUAGAUCUAGCUACGCUAGAGAAAGAGAUGUUCUUCCAACUAAUUUGAUUGAAAUAAAGUCAGUUAUUGGCCUUUUAUAUCUUGCUGGCAUUACGUUUUGA